CCCCCGGUUGGUUGGUGCCUGCGGAUGCCGAUGACGGAGACGAGUGCGCCACCAAACUCAUCCGUCCGAGCUCUCCACAUCCGUCCAUUGAAUACUACUCCUAGUUCCGAAGCUUCGGAUAUCGCUUUCAGAUAGAGAGCGGAGGAGGAGGGAGGGACUCAGAGGAGCAGGGCGCGAGAAAUCUUUGCCGUCUGGCCCCCGCUUCCAGUGCCAAGUGCCAACUGCAUUGCCUCCCGGGCUGGCGAUUGACUUGACCCGCGCCACCGCUUCUCCGCUGAUUAUAGUUUAUCUCGUCGUGCCGGGCGUACAAAUCUUGGUCUCAGCUGACUCGGCCUAUCCCCUCGUCCCCGCUACUCCACCGAUCCUCUUCCCUCUCCCGGAGCAGUGGCCUGCGCUGCGACCUUGGACGCCGAGAGCAGGGAAGUUCAGCCGAGUGUUGAGGAAUGGGGCAAAAGGACUCCAAGCCGUCGUAUAACUCUGGGAAUUCAGCCAACGGGUACAACUCGAGGUAUGCAAACACGCCCUCCAGUUACAGCCCGAGGUAUGCCUCUUCGGCGGGUAACAACAUGCAGCAGCCAGAAGCACAGGCCAGGCUGCAGAGGAAGUAUUCCAGGAUCGGCGAUGACUACCGUUCCGUCAGUCAAGUGACUGAAGCUUUGGCUCAAGCAGGCCUCGAAUCUUCAAAUCUUAUUGUAGGCAUUGAUUUUACAAAAAGUAAUGAAUGGACAGGUAAAAUUUCCUAUAACCGCCGCUGUCUACAUGAUAUUGGAAACACUCCAAACCCAUAUGAGCAAGCCAUAUCUAUUAUUGGAAGGACACUUUCAGCUUUUGAUGAAGACAAUUUGAUUCCCUGCUUUGGAUUUGGUGAUGCAUCAACUCAUGACCAGGAGGUAUUCAGCUUUUAUCCAGAGAACCAACCAUGCAAUGGAUUUGAAGAGGCAUUGGAAAGAUACAGAGAAAUUGUUCCAACUCUUCGAUUAGCUGGACCAACAUCUUUCGCUCCAAUAAUUGAGACAGCAAUUGGGAUUGCAGACAGCACCGGUGGUCAAUAUCAUGUUCUUCUGAUAAUUGCUGAUGGACAGGUUACUCGAAGUGUGGAUACACAGUCUGGGCAGUUAAGUCCGCAGGAGCGGGAUACCAUUGAUGCUAUAGUGAAAGCUAGCCACUUUCCCUUGUCUAUUGUUCUUGUUGGGGUCGGUGAUGGACCAUGGGAUAUGAUGCAUAAGUUUGACGACAACAUACCUGCUCGGUCAUUCGACAAUUUCCAGUUUGUGAAUUUCACGGAAAUUAUGUCAAAGAGCAUAGCAGCUGAUAGAAAAGAGGCUGAAUUUGCGUUGUCAGCAUUGAUGGAAAUCCCUACGCAGUACAAAGCAACACUUGAUCUCCAACUCCUUGGCCGUCGCCAAGGAAUACCUCCAAGAGUUCCUCUGCCUCCACCAACAAGGACUCCUUAUUCACGGUCUACUAGCUUUGACCAACAGUCUGGUGUUUAUUCACGGUCUAGUAGCUUUGGUCAACAAACAAGUGGGUUUCAGCAAUCAGACAGUUUCAAACAGCGACAGCAUGGAGCUACAAGGAGGCCUGACAGUUAUUCAUCAGAAAGUUCACAGCCUGCGGCUUCAAGGAUACCGGACACUUAUGCAUCAGAAAGUUCAGAAAGCACACUUUCAUGCGCCAUAUGUAUGGAUAAAUCAAAGGAUCUUGCAUUUGGAUGUGGACAUCAGACUUGCUAUGACUGUGGGAAAAAUUUGGUGCGCUGCCCUAUGUGCCAGCAGCACAUAACCACCAGGAUCAGGCUGUACUGAUUAAAAGCUGAUCUCCUGAUGCUUUUGAAGCCUAUGGCGUUGCCAAUACUGAAGAAGCUCGGUGGAAAAUGUUCAGAAUCCGCAUAAAUUUUAGUGUUCUUACUGCAGUUGGAGUGUCUUCAAUUAGCUGGUGAUUUAAGGCCCUGUUGGAAUGAAGGGUUUAUUCUCCACCCCUUAAGGGAAAUGUGGAUUGAACUGUUUCGGUAAAAUUUCUGUGUUCCAAAAGGGCCUUGCUGUCCAUACAAGGCACUGAAGAAUGUUCCCUGGAAAAUAAUGUACAUAUUGCUGUCUUUUCUUUCUCUUGUAAAUAAAAUGAACAGUAGAGAAAUUUCAGGAUGAACCAACUAGGAAGACAUUUGCGUUGUAUAUUAAUUAAAACCUAUUAUAAUUGUUGAAUAUUCAA